CCCCUCCACGCCCCAAGUGUCACUGCAAGCCGCCGAGCACCUAUAUAAAAUCAUUGAAAUGCAAUUGAGCGAGAGAGAGAGAGAGAGAGAGAGAGAAUGGCCAAGUCGACAACAGCAGCAGAGGUGAAAUCAAUCUUCGUAUACCCUAUCAAAUCAUGCCGCGGCAUCUCCGUUUCUCAAGCUCCCCUUGCUUCCACCGGAUUUCGAUGGGAUCGACAAUGGUUAGUUGUGAAUUCAAAAGGCAGGGCGUAUACUCAGCGAGUUGAACCCAAGCUUGCUCUGGUUCAAGUAGAGCUGCCAAAUGAGGCAUUCUCUGAGGGUUGGAUACCUACAAAGAGCUCAUAUUUAGUGAUAAGGGCUCCAGGCAUGGAUGAGCUAAAGGUUCCCCUGAGUAAACCUAGUGAAAUUGCUGAUGGUGUCUCAGUGUGGGAGUGGUCUGGCUCUGCAUUUGAUGAAGGGAAUGAAGCAUCCAAAUGGUUCUUGAAUUAUCUUGGGAAACCCAGUCGGCUAGUGCGUUUCAAUGAAGAGACAGAGACCAGGGUUGUAGACCCUAAUUAUGUUCGCGGGCACAAAACUAUGUUUUCAGACGGGUAUCCAUUUCUCCUGCUAUCCCAGGAAUCAUUGAACGCGCUGAAUAAGCUUCUCAAGGAGCCCUUGCCAAUCAACCGUUUCAGACCCAACAUCCUUGUUGAUGGCUGCGAACCAUUUUCUGAGGACCUAUGGAACGAGAUCAAGAUUAACAGGUUUACAUUUCACGGUGUCAAGCUAUGCUCUCGCUGCAAGGUGCCCACAAUUAAUCAGGAAACCGCAAUCCCAAGCUCCAAGUCUGAGCCAACUGUAACUCUUUCGAUGUUUCGUUCAGAUAAAGUUUUGCGCCCGACGAGAAAACAACAAGGCAAGGUGUACUUCGGGCAAAAUAUGGUUUGCAUGGACUCUGUUACUGAUGGGAAGGGCAAAAUGAUUAAAGUGGGAGAUCCUGUUUAUGUCCACAAGGUGCAUCCUUCCUGCGCUGAUGCACCUGCUUGAACUCGUAACAGUACCCAACAAGACAUAUAUAAAGACAUAAUAAUAGUAACCUUACCCUGGUUAAUGUUAUGCCGCAAAAUCAUUACUGAAUGUUCGAAUAAUUUCGUCUUGGGACCAGAAAUUACUAAACCACCUGAACUGCCUGUUGGUUAGAAAGCUAAGUCCUGAGGAGGCCAUAAGAUAUCCAGCUGCAUAUAUGGUACAAAUUUUCUUUGCAAUGAACAUGUUCUUUGCCAUUUUGCC